UUGACUGACGUCUUGUCAAAUCGACGGGAAAAUAACGCAUGCGUUUUUUGCGAAGACAACCGCAUCCUUUGUUUUCUAGUUUUCUGUUUUAAAACAUAUUUCGCAAAUUUUCAAGUCGUGAAGGACUUGAUUGACAAAAUAGUACAUACUUUAUAAUUAGUGUGAAACACAAGCAUAUUCCAGUAUUAUCGUAGGCAUUACAAACUUAUUUCGUUGACAAAUUAGAUGAAUAAUAAAGAUAUUCAACUGAGUAAAUCAUUAUCGUGGCUGCUACGGCACGGAGCAGUCAAAGAAGGUUUUAAAUUAAGCCCUGAAGGAUAUUUAGAAGUAAACAAAAUAUUACUACAUAAAAUAUUCAGAGGCAAAUAUAACACAUCAGACAUUGAAAGAGUUGUUAAUAAUAAUGACAAGAAGAGGUUUAAACUGCGAAGGAACCUGUCUACCAAUUGUCUAGAGAUCAAAGCAAACCAAGGACACACUAUUAGUGAAGUUACUGACGCUGACCUUACACCCAUCACUCAGCCCAAAUACGGCACUGUGAUUCAUGGCACAUAUUUAAAAUGCUGGCCUGCAAUAAAAAAUGAAGGCUUGAGUCGUAUGAAACGGAAGCACAUACAUUUAGCAAAAGGUACAUUAGAUGAUGCUUCCGUGAUAAGUGGCCUGCGGCGGGACACUGAAGUCCACAUAUACAUAAAUCUCUCCCGGGCACUCGCAGAUGGUAUUUCAUUCUUUGAGUCAGAAAAUGGUGUCAUCCUAACCAGUGGUAAUAAGCAAGGAUAUUUAGAACCUAAAUACUUUGAGAAAGCCAUAAAUAUUAGAACUGGUGAGUCCCUGUACCCAUGAGCCAUGGACAGAGCCGGGCAGGUGUCCACCUCGACCGCGUCGUCGUCGACGGGCGCGGGCGCGCGGAACACGGCGCGGCGCCGCCCGCCGGUGUCUGACAUGCCCGACGCCCACCCUCACACACCCUCCUCACGCAGGAUUCUCGUCUCUGGUUACCCGAACUACACACAGCCGCAAGAUAUACUUGACGUUUUUGCAAAAUUUGGCAAUGUGAGGAUAGAUAAAUACAACAGUUGGUCUGCCACUCUCACAUACUCCAAUGAAGACGAAGUGAGAACAGCUUUGAGUGCGAACAAGCGACUGCAUGUGUACGGCCACUUCCUGGCAGUGAAGCCGUACGCUACAAAGUCUGAUGACAGCCGACCGCUACAUCAACCACCCACGCCGAAGCGCGAGUUUCCGCUUAG